UGAAGGUGCCACAGCAUGUGGUGGGAGCUGCUGCACAGAGAGUGGAUGGUGGAGUCCUAUGCCCCUUGGUGCCCCGCCUACCAGAACCUGCAGCCCGAGUGGGAGAAGUUUGCUGAGUGGGGCGAGGACCUGGAAGUGAACAUCGCCAAAGUGGAUGUCACGGAGCAGCCGGGAUUAAGUGGACGAUUUGUCAUAACAGCUCUUCCUACCAUCUAUCACUGUAAAGAUGGGGAGUUCAGGAGAUACCGGGGUACAAGGACUAAAUCUGAUUUCAUAAAUUUCAUUAGUGGCGAGGAAUGGAAAUCUAUUGAACCAGUUUCAUCACAGUUUGGUCUUUCCUCUUUCCUGAUGAGCAGUAUGUCAGCUUUGUUCCAGUUGUCAAUGUGGAUCAGCCACUGCCAUAAUUAUUUAACAGAAAAUGCUGGAAUACCAGUCUGGGGCUGGUAUGCUGUGUUUACAUUGGCAACUUUAUUCUCAAGACUGAUACUGGGACUUAUAAUCGUGUUCUUAGCAGACUGUAUCUGUCCAUCCAAAAAAUAGAGACCGCCACAAUGCCCUCACUCAAGAAAGCUAGCUCCAGAGUCAGCUCAGCUGCUGAAAAAGCUGGAUGAAGAGCAGGAAGCAGAUGAAAAAGAUAUCUCAGAUGAUGAAAUCGAGAGUGAAGAAGUGUCUGACAGAAAUUCAUCACCAAAUGCUGUAAAGCAGCGCCCAGUGUUCACUGCUGCCACAGUGGAUAAAUCUUAG